AUGAUUUCAUUUCAUGCCAUGCAAACGUUGGAGCUGCACAAUUGGCGAAGACAGUCAAAAGGAAGUGAAAAUUACAAACAGUAUGAAAGUCUUCAACGUCAAAGCCCGAAAAUGUUUGAUUUAGAAAGUAAACCCACUAAUGACUUGAAAUUCAAAAAUAAACCCCGUGAUUCUUUGGCGUAA